AUGGCUCAGGUCAGCCCUUUACCUUCUUCACUAACCGAGGCUCCACUGUCAUCUGUCCAAGCACGUCUGAGUCUGAAGGAUUCAGUCACAGUGACCAUCUCAUCAGCCCGGCAGAAAGUGGCACAGAGCGUCGGGGUGUGUCUGGCUGUUUUUUUAUACAGCAGCUUCCACUACUCGUACAUGCCCAACGCAGCCUUUUCUGCCCCUCUGCACUAUUACUUCAGGACAGACUGUGAAUCUCCCUCCUCUUUCCUUUGUUCAUAUCCAGUGGCUAAUAUCUCUCUGAUGAGGAACAAGAAACAUGUGCUGACAUUUGGCCAGUCCUACCAGAUCACACUGCAGCUGGAGAUGCCUGAGUCUCCAGUCAAUCAGGAGUUGGGGAUGUUCAUGAUCAGGACGACCUGUUUUUCUCAGAGCGGUCAGGUUUCCUCUUCAGCUCGCUCCACCAGACAAAUGCUGUCCACGUCCAGCACUCGCUCGAGCAUACUGAGGUACCGUUCGGACCUGCUGAGAACUCUGGGAACACUGUUCUUCCUGCCAGCCUUUUUGAUCGGAGCAGCUGAGCAGAAACAAGUCCUGGAGGUGGAGCUCUUCUCUGACUACACUGAUGACCCUUACGCUCCUUCUAUCAACGCUGUCAUUGAGAUCCUGUCCGACAAAGUGCAGAUCUAUUCAUCUCAGCUCUACAUUCAUGCUCAUUUCACUGGACUCAGAUACUUGUUGUUCUACUACCCCGUCACAUCAGCCCUGGUGGGUGUGUCCAGUAACUUCAUCUUCCUCACCAUCCUCUUCAUCCUCAGCUAUGUGAGGCUGCUGUGGAGAGUUAAACAGCAGGGGGCAGCUGAGCCACUGUCAGGGAGCCAGAAUGAUGUGACUAACAACCAGCAAGUGGAUAAUGUUGCUGCAGGUACAGGCACGGGUCAGUAACUGCUCCAACAACUGUGAGCAGAAGAAGAAGGCCACACUUUAUAUUUGGAGACAGCUCAGAGCAGCAGAGCAGAAAUGCAGUCGGUGUGGAACAAAGACAUGAAUCUGGGGGAGCACCAGGACAGUAGACACAGGAGAGGGACCAACAUGUUUGAGGACAAUUUGUCUUCAUUAAAUGAAACUAAAUCAAUUUACACAGUGAACCUGCUGUGUUCUACAACGUCAAAUAAUAUAAACCUUCAGUCACACCACAAAACAUAUUCAGUUUUGUUAAGUUUUCCAAAUGACUGCAAUAAAAUCAUUUUAAAAAACGAAUGUCGAACACCUGCACU